AUGCUAAAAGCAAGAUUUAUCACCGAAAAUGAAAUUUCUGCAAUUUUUUAUUCUAGUUUUACAUAUAAAAGACUCAAGAUAAAUCAAAAUUCUUUAAUAUUUCCAAAUAUGAACAGAAUUGAGUAUAAUGAAAUGAUAAAUGAAUGGGGAACUGAGAAUUUCAGCAUUACAAUUUCUGCAGAAAAUAUGAACAAUGCUGUUAAUUCUUCGAUCAUUUAUUUUACACGCGAGAUAAAUGCAGAGACUUUGGCUCAAAGCAAUUUAUUAGAUUUUACCUAUUGACUGGCAAGAUUUUUAAUUCUUAUUGCAAUUUUAGCUUUUUUCACAGCAAGCGUAAACUUUGCUAAAAGAAUUGGGUCAAAGCAUAAAAUAGUUCAAACAUAUUUUGAUGAAAAAGCAUUGAAGGCAUAA